CAGGACACAUGCGCGCUGGAUGGGGCUCCCUGCCCGGAAUUGGGAGCACAUUUUGGGAGUAAAUUAUUUGUCUUCUGCCCCAGCUGAUGUGUGAGCCAGCAUGUCUCGGAGGAAGCAGGCGAAACCCCAGCAUUUCCAAUCGGACCCUGGGCUGGCCCUGCCUGGAAGUCAUGGUACACUGGAUCUAAUACAGAUGAAGAUUGCCAGGGAGUCUGAAGAAAUGAAAUCUGAAGGAGAUGAAGGAAAACCUCUAUUUAAAAAUGAGAGAGUUACAGAGAGGGGUCAAGCUCAUCGGACACCCAAGAACAAGGAUGCUCAUGUCUGCAGCAGAUGUUGCGCUGAGUUCUUUGAACUAUCAGAUUUGUUGCAACACAAGAAGAACUGCACUAAAAAUCAAUUGGUUCUAAUUGUGAAUGAAAAUCCACCACCUCCUGCUGAAACAACCUCUCCAGGUCUCCCCUCGGAUAAUCCUGACGAGCACAUGAAUGACACAGUUAAUAACGCAGAUCAAGCUGACUGUAGUGACCUUUCAGAGCAUGACAAGCCUGACAAAGAAGAAUCCAUGGAGGUGGAGAUCGAAGCUAGCAAUAGCAGCAGUGGUUCCAACAAAGUGGAAAAUGUUGUUUCUAGUAGUAAUAAUUCCACAUUGGGUACCUCAGCUAUAACAACCACACUACCUCAAGUAAGGGAUCUGGCAGCUUUAGGCAACUUUUCUGUUAUUAACAGCAAUGUCAUUAUUGAAAACCUUCAGAGUACUAAAGUGGCAGUGGCACAGUUUUCUCAAGAAGCAAAGACCAAGGGAGCAAGCAACAAUAAAAUGGCUGUGCCAGCGCUAAUGGAGCAGCUUCUGGCUUUGCAGCAGCAGCAGAUCCACCAGUUGCACCUAAUUGAGCAGAUACGGCACCAAAUAUUAUUGUUGGCUUCACAAAGUGCAGAAAUUCCAACAACUAACGGUUCUCAAGGGGCACUGAGGGUAUCUUCUACCCCGUUGACUACAUUGAGUUCUCAUCUGUCUCAGCAGCUUGCAGCAGCAGCUGGCUUGGCUCAAAGUCUUGCUAGCCAGUCAGCCAGCAUUAGUGGCAUCAAGCAAAUACCCCCAGUACAGCUACCUCAGAACAGCCCUGGCACCACUAUUCCAUCCAAUAGUAGUUGUUCUCCAACAAAUCAAAUUGCAGCAGCUAAUCCACCUUCUGUAGACCGAGUACCUUCAAGCACUGGUGGCUCACAGGUGAAUAACCCACCAGCACCUAUAACAUCUUCACCAGCUUUUGCAAUAAGCAGUCUAUUAAGUCCUGCAUCUAACCCACUACUACCUCAGGCUGCAACAAGUACCACCAUAUUUCCCAGCACACUACCCAACAUAGGAACAACUGCAGAGGACUUAAAUUCUCUGAGGAAAAGCAAGCCGGUCAAUGUGGCUCCUUUUGAACCUAAGAGCUCCUCUGACGAGGCAUUCUUCAAACACAAGUGUAGGUUCUGUGCAAAGGUUUUUGGCAGUGACAGUGCCUUGCAGAUCCAUCUUAGAUCUCAUACAGGUGAGAGGCCAUUCAAAUGCAACAUUUGCGGAAAUCGUUUCUCCACUAAAGGGAAUCUAAAAGUUCACUUUCAACGCCAUAAAGAGAAAUAUCCCCACAUUCAGAUGAAUCCCUACCCGGUGCCAGAGCAUUUAGACAACAUACCAACAAGUACAGGAAUUCCCUAUGGAAUGUCUAUACCACCUGAAAAACCUGUGACAAACUGGCUGGACACUAAGCCGGUUUUACCUACCCUGACAACCUCUGUGGGGAUGCCACUCCCACCAACUAUUCCUAACUUGACACCAUUUAUUAAGACUGAAGAUUCAAUACCUAUUGCUAUCUGUCAGCCUGUUCCAAGCCCACCUGAUUCUGUUAAAAGUGAUUUGCCAGCUACAGGACCAUCUUUAAAAAAAAGUAAUAGUCCUCCAGAGGAGGCUGAGUCAAUGGAGUUGCCCAACCCCGAUGACAAAGGUGAAGAAAAUUCUCAACAUUCAAACUUCCAAAACUUUGACUGUACUAGUCGCUCUCCUUCUGGUGACUCCACAUCUGCUAACCCCACAUCUUUUUCAAACCCCAUUCUGCCAUUAAUCUCAGAACAAUUCAAGGCAAAAUUUCCUUUUGGUGGGCUUCUGGACACAGCUCCUGCAUCUGAGACCUCCAAACUGCAGCAACUUGUAGAAAAUAUUGACAAAAAGUCUAGUGACCCAAAUGAAUGUGUAAUAUGUCAUCGUGUUCUAAGCUGCCAGAGUGCUCUAAAAAUGCAUUACCGUACACACACAGGGGAAAGACCCUUUAAAUGUAAAGUAUGUGGACGUGCUUUUACCACAAAAGGUAACCUAAAGACUCACUAUAGUGUACAUCGUGCCAUGCCACCACUUAGGGUACAACAUUCCUGCCCCAUUUGUCAAAAGAAAUUUACAAAUGCUGUUGUGCUGCAGCAACAUAUUCGGAUGCAUAUGGGGGGACAAAUUCCGAAUACCCCAGUCUCUGAAAAUUAUCCUGACUCAAUGGAAUCUGACACUGGGUCCUUUGAUGAGAAAACCAUGGAUGACCUUGACAACUUUUCUGAUGAAAACAUGGAAGACUGUCCUGACAGUAGUGUCCCUGAUACACCUAAAUCUGUAGAUGCAUCUCAAGAUAGCUUGUCUUCCUCCCCUCUGCCACCUGAAGUCUCAAGCAUUGCUGCUUUAGAGAAUCAAAUGAAAAUGAUUAGUGCUGGACUAGUUGAGCAGCUCCAGGCCAGUUUGAAGUCAGCUGAAAAUGGCUCUGUUGAAGGGGAUGGUUUGACUUAUGACUCUUCCUCUCUUGGUGGUGAUCUCGAAAGCCACAGUGCUGGGAGCCCAGCUGCCUCUGAGUCUACUUAUUCUGUAAAUGCGUUAUCACCUAAGAGCACAAAUGACUUUCAGAAGUUUUCAAAUGCCGAAGAAAAUCAGCUUCGAGCUUUACCACCUGAACUGCCCAAUGGGAUGUCGCCAACUCCUGCCAAUGGAGGUGCUCUAGACUUAACAUCCACAAACACUGAUAAAAUGAUUAAAGAAGAACCCAUGGGUUUGCUAUUUCCAUUCAGAGAACGAAGCAAAUUUAAAAACACAAUCUGUGACAUUUGUGGUAAAACAUUUGCAUGUCAGAGUGCCUUGGACAUUCAUUACAGAAGCCAUACCAAAGAGAGGCCAUUUAUAUGCACAGUCUGCAAUCGUGGCUUUUCCACUAAAGGCAAUUUAAAACAGCAUAUGCUUACCCAUCAGAUGCGAGAUCUACCAUCACAACUUUUUGAGCCCAAUUCCAACUUGACAGCCAACACACACCCAACACCAAACCCAACUCCUAAUCCACUGGCAGCCCUAAUAAAGACUGAGUUUAAUGGCUUUAUACAUAGCUCAACUCAGGAAACGAAAGAACAGCCUUCAAGUAUUACAUCGUCAGGAUCUUUGCCAUCUUCAGCUACAUCACCAGUUCUCCUUCCAUCCUUGGCCAGAAGGACUCCAAAGCAGCAUUACUGCAAUGCAUGUGGCAAGUCUUUUUCAUCCUCCAGUGCUUUACAAAUACAUGAGAGAACUCAUACUGGUGAAAAGCCAUUUGCCUGCACUAUAUGUGGAAGAGCGUUCACAACAAAAGGCAAUCUUAAGGUUCAUAUGGGCACUCACAUGUGGAACAGUACACCUGCAAGGAGGGGAAGGCGACUUUCUGUGGAUGGGCCUAUGGCAUUUUUAGGAGGGAAUCCUGUUAAAUUUCCAGAAAUAUUCCAGAAAGACUUGAUUGCCAGGACAGGGAAUGGGGACCCAUCUAGUUUCUGGAACCAGUAUGCUGCAGCUCUGUCAAAUGGCUUGGCCAUGAAGACCAAUGAAAUCUCGGUUAUUCAGAAUGGUGGAAUUACCCCAAUGACCGGAAGCUUGGGAAAUGGUGGGAGCUCCCCCAUCAGUGGACUCACUGGGAACCUAGAAAAACUGCAUAACUCCGAACCAAACGCAGCUCUAGCUGGUCUGGAGAAACUAGCGAGCAGUGAGAAUGGGACUUCCUUCAAGUUUAUGCGUUUUGUGGAGGACAGCAAAGAGAUUGCUACAAACUAGCCUACAUUCUCCUGGACAAUUUGUGCAGCCAGAGGUUGCUAUGCUUCAGAUUUAUUUUUCUUUUUCUUUUUUUCUUUCUGAGAACUGCACCAGAAUUUCCUUUUUGUAUCAUGUCCAAUUUCCAGAGUUUUAAGUGAGUGUAUUUAUUAGUGAUUAAAACUUUUAGCUCUGCAUACCAAUGCAAGCUUUAACUCUGGCCUUUGUAUUUGGAACUAAAUACUAAUAGACUAGAGUUGUAAACUGGCUGUAACAUUUAUGGCAACUUGCAAGUCUUGAUGGAUGAUCUUUUUUGGCAUUAACUUAUUUUAUAUAUUCGAUUUUAACUUGGUCCCUGGUGUUAGCGCAUAAAGUAAUAUGGGAGUAUGACUUUGUCUGUGAAUGCACAUUUUAAGGGAAGGUUUUCUUUUUCAUUACUCGGGGGCGGGAGGGUUGAUUGUAUGAAAUGGACUCAUUUUGAGACUGUACAGUGCUACCGAAAAACCAUUGGGAUUUUAUUUUAUUUUUUCUCUUAUCCACUAGUAGAUGUUCUGUGCAUUUUUAUUUUUCUGUGUAUAGAUUUGUGAUACAGUGACAACCAUGUCGGUUAUUUGAGAGGGGGUGCAAGUGUUUUAAUUAUUUUAAGUUGCAGUUGACACUUUGUUUUUUUUUUGUUUCUUUCCCUCUUAGGUAUAGUCAUUAUAGAAUAUGUGCUGGAAUUUCACAAUUGCUGCUAAGUAUAGCAUCUGGAACAAACUUCCAUGGAAAAAAUAAAAUGUAGAUGCUUGUGUAUAUGUAUAUAUAUAAAUAUAUAAAUGAGAAAAUAUUCACUUUCAUUAGUGUAAAUAAGUCUGUCAACCUUUUUCUCUCAAGUGGGCCUUGGGAGGGGGGACUUGCAUAUGGGUGCUCCGCAGUCCUCUGGCAGUCAAAGGAUUGAAAGAAAAUAGACAUCCCCUUUCUGUUCUCUAAUAGAAAAACAUAAAGUGAGGUGUGGUUCAUGAUUUUUGUAUUGGUGGGAAAUGGACAUUUUAUGCACUUUCUUUUUGAAAGUUGGACGUCCAGCUCCAUUAUUGUUUAUUUGAUGAUGAAUAGAAUACUGUAAUUUUAAUCAAUUACUCAAAUACAAGAAU